AUGAUGUUCAACCACGUGGAGCAAGUCAACGUUUUCAACUUUCCCGUCAACAACUGCUCGGACGGCGUCGUUAGCCUGGAGCGGUACUCAGGCCUGGAGCCCACACGUGAUGAUCCAGACGCCCCGACAGAGAACCAGUUACGGACGGCGUAUCGGUUACAGGCAGUCAACAUCACUAGACUGGUGUAUCAGACUGUGACUGACUGCUGUGACGGCUACUCCCAGGAAGGCAGUCAAUGCUCACCAAUUUGCCCAAACUGUGAGGAGCCACGUUUGUGUGUGGCACCUGGCACCUGUGCCUGUCCCAGUGGCUGGGCUGAGAACGACUGCUCAGGAUCUCCCCGUAAUGUGGAGCUGACGGCAACUGGUUUUGAUUCCCUGGAGCUCACCUGGGAUCCUCCAUCAAUAGACUCCACUGUCGUCCAGUACUUGGUCCUCCUUGAAGAUCAAGCAUACUCAGUUGAACCAACAGCGGCUCUAUCAUUAGCUCUGGACUCUUGGAUCCUCACACGGCCUACAACUGCUGUGUGGUUGCUAACACCACCAGCGGAGCUUCCAGCUUUACACACACUAUCUUAUCACCCGUGGUUUUUUAAAACAUGUGAUUGCCAUUUUCCCACAACUUUCACAGUGUCGUAUAGUGACACCAUUGCAAUUCACACAUUGUUGAACACUAUUCCAAGAAAUAGGGUUUGUUAUUCCCUCCACACAGUGCCUUACGACCCACCAAACAGUGUGUCAGUUGCUGCCAUAAGUUCUACCAGUAUCAGAGUUCAGUGGAGCCCUCCGUCCACUCCAAAUGGAGUCAUCAUCCACUAUACUCUCUAUAUCAAUGAUCUCCCAGCUAUCACCAUCCCUGCCUCUACUGGUAGACCCAGUCAGAGCUGGGUGCUGGAUGGACUAACAGACGACUCAAAACUCAAUGUCAGUCUGUCAGCUAGCACCAAGAUUGGGGAAGGACCGCUGGCUAAAGUAGCCACUAUAUCAACAUCCCAACAUGGUAUGGGUAUGGUGGUAAUCUAUUACGAUGAUUUUACUUUGGAGCUCACCGUUAUGAGGCAAAAGUUCAACUGCAGCCAAUGGAUCGAAGGUCAGGAGGAGCAGCUGAUAGAGACACUGGCUGAAGGUGUCAGUCAGGGAAUUGAAGAAUACUGCCACUGUGCCUUCCCCAGCAAUCACAUCAUAAAUGAAGAAGUGAAGUGUGGAGAAGACACUCGUGUCCUGACAUUCACUGGGAGUCUCGUUGCCAACUCAGAGCGGAGCAGCUAUGAACUGAUACUGAACCUUAGGGAAUGGUUGUCUAGCCAGCCAACCAUACUCGCUGGAGACCAACUCUUGCAAGUUGUUACAAUGAACACCGACGGCACUGGCAACAGUACAGUUGUUAGUGAACCAGCAAUGGAUGGUACUCCACUGUGGGCUAUAGCUGUAGGUGCUGCAGGCUCAGCUCUAGCCUUACUGACUGUUUCAGUCGCCCUGAUCUCUAUUGCAGUUUACUUCAGCAAACGAAAACGUGUGAGUGACAGACUGCGUCGUAAGACCCCUCAACAACCAGUCACACAAAUCGGAAGAUACAAAUUUACUGAGAAACCGCGUCAUAACAAGACUAACCAGGAGGCAAUGUCUACUGAUGUGGACGAUAGUUUGACCAAAAACCCAUCUUAUAUCCCAACCAACAGUCUAACGGCUGGGGCUGAACGAAUGAUUAGUGCUAAGGAGGACACACUGCAGGGAGGGUGUAUGACACAAAACCCAUCCUACAUCCCAACCGGAGGUCUAACUGAUGGACUAGAGGGAGUGUACAGUCAGAUAGAACAUGUAGAAGGAGAAACUGUUACAUCUGACAAUGCUUACUAUAAUGUCAUUCGUUAUUGAACUUGCAGCACAUUAUAACUAGCUACAUAUGCACUUAUAUUUGUUU